AUGUAUUGGAAGUGUUUACCACAAAGAUCUAUAUGGAGAACAUUUCGUCAUUUGUUAGUGACAUUAGUGUUGUAUUAUUUGACGUUUUUUGUAGUUCUUCCAAUUUUCUGCAAAGAUCUGCCCUUUUCGUAUUAUUAUUCGCGAACGGAACGUCUGGAUGAAAAUGUGAGACAAGCUAUGAAUUGGAAUGAACAGAGACUACACAAAGAGGAGUCGCAUUUACGAAGUUUGGACGCGGAAAAAACUUUCCAAGAAUAUGGCGAAACUAAAGAAAAUAUCCACAUUGCCGUUGGUAUAGUUACUGUUUCGAGGGUAUAUAACACGUAUGAUGGGACAAACCCGAAGUAUUUGACUCAAGUUGUUUCGCGGGUGCAUAGAAGUAUAAAAAAACAUCGCAGGGGACAUAAAAAUGUUGUAUUUAUAUGCAACGUAAAUUCCCCGUCACAGGAUCACGCCGAAGCUAUGGAACUGGCAACUUAUUUUCCGGUGGUCCAUAAAUAUGGCACCACAAACGUCAGAUUAACCAAAGAGUGGAUGCCAUCUCUUGUUUUCCACAAAGAACAAGAAGACUAUUUGUUUUGUCUUAAUUUCUCCAGGAAAUACGACGCUAAGUACGUUGUUCUAUUGCAAGAUGACGCAAUGCCACACGACGACUUUUAUGCAAAGCUGCUGUAUAUACUAGAAAAUAGAGUUGAAAUGAGAUAUUCUCGGGGAGAACUUGUAGCUAACACUGAGAAGUGGUCGUGGUUGAAAAUGAAUUUCCCAACGCCCUCAGCAGGUUUCUUCAGUAAUUGGUUGUUCACUAUAGAGGGCGUCGCACUCUCCCUUAUUCCAGCAAGUAUCACUGCCCUUAUUUAUGACAUAUGCUAUCGCCAGAGCAACAGAAUCUCGCUUUGUUUUACUUACUACAUCUUUAUCAUAUCGUUUGUUUAUUUCGGCGCCACGGCAGCUUCAAUUGGGCGACCAUUUUUUCUGCCAUAUCUAUACUCUUCGGUCCAUCUGUCGGCCAUCCGCCCUGGGACGUCUUGCUGUAUUGCAGCAGUUGUGUAUCCAUCCGCGUCGUUGUCACAGAUCGUGGACUAUUUAGCGGAUGUCGACUGCCGCGCGUGGUACCCACUUGAUUUUUGCCUCUAUGACUUCUUAGAAACGUCGGGAAUGAAACAGUACCUAGCCGUGCCUAAUAUAUUCACCCAUAUCGGAAUGGUGUCAUCCCUACAUAACAGAGCUGUAGUGUUUCCGGCUUUCCAUGCACCGCUAUGA